AUGACCGAAUCUGAGAAAGCCCGUACCGUGACAGGGAGGGGACUCGUGGAUUUACCUCAGCGGUUUAGUCAAGUGGACAUAACGUACGCGGCAUCCACAUCCAACCAAACAUCCGCUCGAACGGCUGAACCAACAGCUCCGAUUCUUACUGACAUUGAGAUUACUGAAAAGGCUAGUCUGGUAAAUGAUGUCAAAGGCGCUUACGCCUCAGAUGGGUAUCCGAUAUGUUGCUCAGGAAGCAAAACGGGUGGUGCCCUAUACGGUGCUUUCGUGGAGCUUCGGAACCCUUCCCUGCAUGGUGUAACGUUGCCACCAGCGGAAACUAUCGUUGUUGCCAGCACUCCCAGCGACCCCGUUAAGCACUUCACUUCGGGGGGUGAAGGUGGCUCUCAUUCAACUAAUGGAUCCGAUGCUGAUGGUGUGACUGCGGCGAGUAAUAUAGUUGACCCUCGCGCAGCCAUCCUGCGUAUUGUUUGGAAGCGUGGAUCACAUCUGCUUAAUCCACAUGCAGCAGAGCACUUGGAUCUCCCAAUGAAGGAAACACCCACCAAGACUGAGAUGUCGACAUCAAGUGUAGUGCUUCCAAAACUUCCAUGCUACGGGAUCGAACGGCACCUGCGGCGGUUUCCCGAUGGCGUGCACAGUGUGGACACUUCUCCCCGACUGAAUGAACUUCUCUUGGAUAUUCCACCGGGUUCAGUGGGGGAUACUGUGAAAACAGCACCACAAGAGCACGAGAAAAAGGCAGUUGACGAUUUCCCUGAUGGGGCAACCAGGGGUGCAAAGAAACGUACAAACAGUAAUGGCAGCAGGAAAAGCAGAAGGAACAAUAGAUCGAAGGGCAAUAAUGCAGAUAUGGAUGGAGAUGACACAUCUCCAGAGGAUGGUGGCGGACGGAAGGGGGCGCCGUUACGAGAAAAGGAGCCCAUGGGAAAUGCACCUGUACAACUAACACUAAUAACAGCAUGCAGUUUUAACCACCUCACUUUGUAUGCUGUACGUCACCAGGCAGGAAAUGUAUUGGCGUUCGUACCACUGCAGACCAUCAUCGCCUCUGUAACGACGCGAAAAAUUACCAGUCAUUGUGUGUUUUUGCUGUCCGUUGAUACAUACGAGUCCUAUGAUUCCCCGGGUAUGUGUACCUCUGGUGCUUCACCAGUAUUGCACGGGGCGGAGAAGAAGGAACCGAAGAGAGGGACCGUGAAGCAAAAGCAAGGCCUUGGCGGUCAAGCGCUCAAAGGAGAAGGUGACAGCACUCCGCCAUGUGAAGGGGGAAAGGAAUUUUUGUUUGAACCCGUUCAAGUAGGUGGGGAGAGUUCCGGUGGUGGGGGAGUCAUGCGCGUGGCGACCGUCUUUCUUGCGGUGGAGCCCUACUUGUUGCUGGGUAACCAGAGUGGGGAUAUUAUGCUCUUCAGCGUUUUCAAGGGAAAAGUGGUGCAGCGGCUCAACCCUUCUGGACUUCCCAGGUCAGACUCUUUCUUCAGAGGAAGCCAGGAAGAUUCGACGGGGUCAAAGCAACUAGUAGGUGCAACUGUCUCGUGCAUUGUGGAAAUAAGCUGCGGUGCGGAGAAACGAUUGACACGUUUAAUUAGCAAUGCGAUUGCAUCCCGUGUACGGGGCAGAGAUCGUUUUACAGCUCCUUCUGUUGGAGCUGCGGGAACACCACCUUCUGUGUUUGCCGUCGGUUUUGAUGACGGUCAGGUGCUGCUUGUGGACGUGACGGCUGAAGGAGCCUGCUUAAGUAAGCGUGUGAGCUCAUUCAGCGGGAAUCCCAUCCACGGGAUCGCUAUGCGGGCACCUCACUACUUUACAAGGGUAUGGACUUCUCAGCAGUACAUGAAGGGAUAUGAAAAGCAACGCUCUCCCAUAUGCACGGUGUUUACACAUGCGGAUACCCUUACCUUCAACGAGGACGGUGCCAUUGCCGCGGUAUCUUCUAAUGGCGGUGUCCUGCGUCUCCUGCGAGCACCCGAGAUGGAUGAGGAAGUGUGCCGAUUGGCAACUCUUCACUGUGACACCGCAGGGGAUUUCUUGUCUUUGCAGUGGAUGUCAAGUUGUGUCGGUACAGCGCUUCUUCCUGAUCUCCUCAUCGCCACGAGCGAAGAUGACAGUAUUGGCGUUUACCAGUUUGUGCAGUCAAGGAAUUGCACGACCAGCUUGGUUCGACAAGAUGGUUUCACACCUGAGAGACCUAACUUUAAUGCAAGUAUGGAUACUAUACAUGACAAUAUUACAUUGAUCUCACGGCGCUUCUUCCAUCACUCUUGGGUAGUUAAUCUUACCACGAUGCAGCGCCCCAACGGGAGUCUUCUGAUCGCUACAUCUUACGAUGGUCGGAGUUCCUUCUGGCCAAUCAGUUACGGCGGCACCACCGCCACUAAUACUCCUGGCGGUUCACUCCCCCGCGGGGGAGGCUCUGAGGUGUCACUCCAAAAGUGCCUAUCAGAUUAUCUUAUAAGGGAUAUGGGUGCUAAGCUCCACAGUUUCGGGCACGUGUUUCCAUCCCACCCAGCGGCGUCGUUUGUCCUUCACAAGGGCGACAUAUCGCGGUGCAUCGUUGGUGGGGCUGGGAACAGUUACUUUAUAGUUUCAUUAUGUUUGCAAGGGUUUGUGAAAGUAUGGGAGGUGAAAUGGAGUGGGGGAUGA